AAGAUCGACGCCCUUCUCCGCAUUUCGGCUGAUCCCCGGCGUCAUCCUUUGUUAGCAUCCAUCGUCGAUUCGAAACAACAGGAAGUUAUCAUCCUGUGACAGAAAAAUUACUCUAGAUGACAUGAUAUGAGACGAAAAUAAUGUCCUCCACGAUCACGAAAUCCGAAUCCUCGCCUAGAAGCUCGGAAAGGGAUACUCGGCAAGGUCGCCGGUUUCGCACGGGCUGCAAGACUUGUAAAUCACGGCGGGUUCAGUGCGACGAGACGAGACCCGCGUGUAAUGCGUGCGUGAGUAAGGGGCGCACGUGUCCCGGGUAUCAGCGUGAGUUCAAGUGGUCGACUAAACAUGAGGUUUCUUCGACUGCCACAAGGAGGAGGAGGAGAGCGGCGAGUGGAAGUGGAGGGGAUGAGCGGGAUGUCUCGCAAGGGACGCCCGAGUCGACUGGGUCCAUGGAGAAUCAUACGCUGGCGCGGUUGGAGGAGGCGUUUGAAGCUGCGCCUGGGUUGCUUGCGCAGGGGGAUACGGAGGGGGAAGGGGGGAUUCCUACGGUGGGGAGCUUGGAUGGGAUGGCGGAGUUGUAUGGGAGGAUUUAUGUGGAUGGGUUUGGGUGGUUGAUGGGGUUGGAGGGAGAGGAUCCUGCGCAAGGUCUGGGUCAGGGUCAAGGCCAGGAUGGGUCGUAUGUGCAGGAGGAUAUACGGGAGAAGGCGUAUGCUCUUGGUGCUCUCGAGGAGUCGAAUGAGCCACCAGCAGCAACAGCAGCAUUCCAGGCCUUUCUCGAGGCAGACCUGGACAUGGAUGUCACGGUGGAAGGGGAUAUACUGGACGGCCCUCGACUACUCUCCGACACAACAACAGCACCACACCUCCUCCCCAGCCCGGCCAUGAGCGAAACCACGACCUUCCUGAUCGAGUACUGGUUCAAAAAUGUGUGCGCGAUGUGGUCGAGCUUCGACUCGGACCGCAACCUGAUCCGCAAACUGGCAGCCAGCACAUGGAGCCACAACGCAGCGGUCUUCCACAGCCUGCAGACGAUGUCAGCGCUACACCUGGCCGAGCAGCUACCGCACGUCUACGCGACAGCCACCAGCUCCUGGACUGCCGCUAUGCAAGCCAUCCAGCAGGAGUUGUCGUUCUUCACGCAGAGCUCAUCGCGCCGAUUCCCGACGGGCCUGCUUCUGGCCCUGACCGGCAUCGGCACCACGACCUGCUGGACGGACAGCCAGCAACUGGGGAUCCCGCUGCUCAGGAAAAUGAAGACCAUCCUAGCCUACUACAACCAGCCGGGGAUGCUCCUGGCGCCGCCCACCGACCGUAUCUACCUGGACUUCUUCAACGAUAGCUGCGCCUACUGGGACAUUCUCUGCCGGGUUGUCAGCGACGAAGACACCAGCCUGCCUGCCCAGAGCUCAGCAGCCCCAGCCCCAACGCAUACCCAACCCGGCGCACCAACCCUCACAACCCUCACCACGCCCCACCCCUGGGUCGGCGUCUCGCGCCACAUACUGGAUAUCUUCGCCAACACAAUCCUCCUCUGCAAACAACACACCAAGCGCCUCCGCCGCACGCCCACCCACGCCACCAUGCACACCUUCCAAGCCCUCAUCGCCGACAUCACCGCCGCGCGCGCCCUGCGCACCACCCUCCUCACACUCGCCAUCCAACCAGACACGACCAGCCCCAGCACCACCACCACCACAACAGACCUCACAGAAACAGGCGACGCCAUGACCCCGCUCUCCCACCUAAUCGACGUAGCAGAAGGCUACCGCCUCGCGGCGCUACUGCACCUGUACCAAACCUUCGCCGACCUGCGCGACGAGCACAUCCACACCUCCGUCCCGGAAGGUGCGGAGCAUAUAUGGGCCCUGCAGACGCAGGCGCUGGAGCUACUGGAGCUGGUACGGCGAAUUCCGCUGGAGUCCGGGUCGCGGGUUAUCCAGCCGCUGCUGUACCUGUCUAUUGCGACGGGGUUGCGGGCGCCGGAUCCGCAGGGUGAGGUAGAAGGCAAAGGCCCGCUGAGUGGGAUGGCGAUCCGGGUGAGUCAGGGGCGGAGGGUGGUGAUGCAGCGGGUCAGUGUGCUGGAGUAUAGUCUUCCGUCGAAGCCGAUUCGGGUGCUGAAGGCGCUGAUUGCGAGGAUUUGGGAGGUUGGGGAUCGGGAGGUGGAGAUGGGGGUCGACGGGGGGAAGCAUUGGAGUGAGGUUAUGGAGGAGAGUGAGUUGAGGACUAUGUUUGGGUAAUCUUUAAUCUUUACUUUGUGCUCGGGGUGUAAGGUUGAGGUGGGCCAGGAAGCUGAAGGAAAGGGGGGUCCGGGGGUUCUCCCCCGGAUGUCUUAUACAUCUGGUUUUGGGAUUGAGGUGCCUGGGGAGUUGAAGGAAAGGGGGGUCCGGGGGUUCUCCCCCGGAAUACUUAUACU